CGCCUCUGUCUCCUGCUGGGAGACGGGGCCACGUGUUGGGGACUCUGCCCUCCCACCCGGGACAGGGCUUGGCUCAGACCCUCUGCUGGACAGACCCGCAGGGCCAGGAGAACCAUGCAGGAUGAAGAUGGGUACAUGACCUUGAACCCCAAGCCCCGAAAGCCGGCCCCCCGCCCGGUUGAUGCUGUUUCCUCUUCCUGGUGGCGUGUGACGGCUCUCAUUCUGCUCGUCCUGUCCGUGGGCAUGCUGGUCGGACUGGUGGUGCUGGGAAUCGUGUCCGUCACCCAGCAAAAUCGCCUGCACACAGAGAAUGAGCGGAUGUCAGAAAGUCUGCGGCGACUAGCCAAGAACUUCUGCCAAGCUUUGAUAAGACAACUGGAGCAAAAGCAGAAGGGCAGUUAUGAGCACGGCUGCAGCCCCUGCGAGCCCCGGUGGCGGUACCACGGCGACAGCUGCUACGGCUUCUUCAGGCACAACGUGACGUGGGAGGAGAGCAGGCGGUACUGCGCCACCCUCAACGCCUCGCUGGCCAAGGCGGCCGGCCCCGGCGUCCUGGAAUACAUCAAGGCCAGGACGGUUUUGAUCCGUUGGAUCGGAUUAGCCUAUCACAGUUCAGAUAAGACCUGGAAAUGGGAAGAUGGCUCCGUGCUUCCCAUGAACAUGCUUGACCUUUCCGGGGAUCGGAGAGACAAUAUGAAUUGUGCUUAUUUUCAUCUGGGGAAGAUCGCCCCACCUUCUGCUCGGAUAAACACUAUUUUCAUGUGCGAGAGGAAAGCCGGCCUGGCCAAGGUGGAGCACCUGCCGUAGGGGGACGGGGCGUGGGCUGCACACCCCCACAAUAAAACGCCCCGGAGGGAAAUGCCCAGCCACAGACU